AAAGAUGUCCUUCAUGAAUUUGGCCUCCUCAGAUCACUGGGCGGCUCACUUCAGUCUGUCUCGAGGUCUCUGUCCAGCUGUACCCCCUUGACUUGGACUCUUCUCAGGUGCAGCGUAUAGGCAAAGUCAACUCAUCAGAAUGCUGUUUGGCUUCUUUUUAUUCUGUGUUGGACUCCUCUUCAACACAGGAACAUGCUCCGCAGCACAACCAGAGCUGAGGAUCACAACAAUAAUGCAAGAGCCUUACACAAUGCCCCAAGGCUCCCAGCUGGAAGGGUUCUGCAUGGACCUGCUGUCUGAAGUAGCCAAGAAGGUGGGCUUCAAGUACAAAGUGCACCUGGUUAAAGAUGGCUCCUAUGGCAGGCAGGAUGACAACGGACACUGGAACGGAAUGGUCGGCGAAGUCGUGAGAGGGGAAGCCGACCUGGCCAUAGCGCCGCUGACCCUCACGGCGGCUCGGGAGAAGGCGGUCGGGAUGACCAAACCCUUCAUGCAGACGGGAAUAAGCAUCCUGAUGAGGAAAGACAUCUCCGAGGGAACUGGCUUCUUCGAUUUCCUCGCCCCCUUUUCAGCCAAGACAUGGGCUGGCAUCAUUGUUGCAUACCUGGCAACCGCCGCUUGCCUCUCCAUCGUGUCCAGAGUCAGCCCGUGUGAGUGGCGUCGUCCUCGGAGUGAAGACAACACCUUCAGCCUUGCCUACAGUCUUUGGUACGCAGUCGGGGCGCUGACUCUGCAAGGUGCCGGUCCGCACCCCCGAGCACUCUCCGGCCGGGUCGUCUGCUGCAGCUGGUGGUUAGCCGCCGUGGUCAUCCUGGCUUGUUAUUUCUCCAACCUCAGCUCCUCGAAGAGCCCCGAGUCCACUCAGCUGACGGUGAAAGGCUUCCAGGACUUGGCCAAUCAGGAUGUGAUCCAGUAUGGAUGCCUGAGCGCAUCCUCCACUCUGGCUUUCUUCAAGAAUUCCGACAACCCGGUGUAUCGCAGGAUUUAUGAGCACAUGGAGCGAAGUGAAAGUUUUGUGUCAUCCAUGGAUGAAGGCAUCCAGCGGGCAAAAGAGGGCAACUUUGCCUUCAUAGGAGAGUCCGUCUCUCUUGACUUGGCCGUGGCGCGUCAUUGUGAUCUGGUCAGAACACAUGAGGUGGUCGGCAUGAGGGGAUACAGCAUAGCUGCCACGCUUGGUUCUCCAAUCCUCAAGAACCUGAGCGUUGCCAUCCUGCAGUUGAGCGAGGCGGGUGAGCUGGCCUAUCUUCAGAGUAAAUGGUGGGCCAGCAGCUGCAUGCUGGACAAAGCCAAGUCCACAGCUGUGCAGCCGCACAGUCUCAAGGGCAUGUUUGUGGUUCUUGCACUGGGCCUGACGCUGGGAGCCCUGCUGGCCGUCCUGGAGCUCUCCUCCCGGAGUCGCAGCAAUGCGGCAGAGCAGAAGACAACUUUCUGCCGGGUCCUGACUGAGGAGCUCAGCUUGCGUUUUAGGAGCAAGAAUGCAAACGGAGCUGAAGAGCCUGCCGACGAUAAAGAUACAGACAAGGCAUAGACGCAUCCUUCAUAUAGCUUCUUUUCCUUCUCAUUUGACACGACCACUAACUGUAGUUUUACAUAGCGAACCUUUAUAUAAAAAUAACUGACAUUCACAAUGGUAGUUAAAUAGCAAUUAACAACUCUCACUGAUAUGCAUAAAAUAUGCAAACAUCGCAGUACGCAAACAAGAUUAAAAGUGUCUGA